AAAAAUUAAAGCAGUUGAAGAAAAAAGAUGGGUUCCAGCUCCAUCUUGAAACUUUUUGUAUCAUCAAUCCUUGUUUGCAUUACGUUGCAGGCAUAUGCGCAUGCAUACACCCAUGGUCUUAGAAAGACCUAUAUUGUAUACUUGGGAGAACAUUCUCAUGGUCCAACUCCUUCCCUUGCUGAUCUUCAGACAGCAACAAAUUCCCACCAUGAUUUACUCGCUUCAGUCUUGGGCAGCCAUGAGAAAGCAAAGGAAGCAGUUAUGUACUCGUACAAUAAGCACAUCAAUGGUUUUGCUGCAGUACUUGAAGAGGAAGAGGCGUCAGAGAUUGCAAAAAAGCCAAAUGUAAUUUCUGUUUUCUUGAGCAAAGAGUAUAAAAUGCACACUACGAGGUCAUGGGACUUUCUUGGGGUGGAAAAAUAUGGAGGAAUUCCUGCAGAAUCGGCUUGGUUGAAAGGAAAUUUUGGCGAAAAUACAAUCAUCGCCAAUUUUGAUUCAGGCGUUUGGCCCGAACACCCAAGUUUCAGCGACAAUGGAUACGGUCCUGUGCCAUCAAAGUGGCGUGGAAACGGGGUCUGUCAGAUUCACCAUUUAGGAAACCAAACUUUCUGUAACAGGAAGUUGAUUGGUGCAAGAGUCUUCAGCGAAGGUUACGAGUCACAAUAUGGGAAACUUGAUCCGUUAAACCGCAGUGCACGUGACUUUGUUGGGCACGGUACGCAUACCCUGUCAACUGCAGCUGGUAAUUUUGCUCCUGGUGCAACUAUUUUUGGCAAUGGCAAUGGCACUGCAAAGGGUGGAUCCCCUAAAGCUCGUGUUGCUGCCUACAAAGUGUGUUGGUCUAAAAAUGAUGCUGGUGGCUGUCAUGAAGCAGACAUUCUACAAGCCUUUGAUCAUGCCAUAUAUGAUGGUGUUGAUAUCAUCUCUGCCUCUGUGGGUGGCUCUAAUCCUUACAUUGAGGCUUUCUUCACUGAUGGGGUUUCCAUAGGGGCCUUCCAUGCAGUUGCUAGAAAUAUAGUUGUAGUUUGCUCUGCUGGCAAUGAUGGACCAGCACCUAGAUCUGUCACAAAUGUUGCACCUUGGUCAUUCACAGUUGCUGCUAGUACAAUGGACAGGGAUUUUUUCACCAACAUUUCUCUCGGUAACAGACAUUACCUAAAGGGUUCCAGUCUUAACAGAGGCUUACCAUCACGGAAAUUUUAUCCAUUGGUUCAUGCUGUCAAUGCUAGACUUCCUAAUGCCACAAUUCAAGACGCUGGUCUAUGCAAGCCGGGAAAACUUGAUCCAUCCAAAAUAAGGGGAAACAUAUUGAUCUGCAUUCGACUUGAUGGAACAACAUCAGUAGCUCAGGGUUACGAAGCUGCUAAAGCUGGCGCAGUGGGAAUGUUUGUGGUCAAUGAUGAGAAAGGUGGCAACACACUUCUAGCUGAGCCUCUUCCUAUACCAGCAGCGAGUUUAGAUAUCAACCAGGAUGAGGAUAUUGAUGAGCGUGAAUGGUUUGGAAAAGGAGGUUCAGACAAAAACAUUAGCAGGAAACUUGCUGCUUACAUGACUGUUGCAAGAACAUAUUUAGGAAUAAAGCCUGCUCCAAUUAUGGCUGGAUUCUCAUCCAGGGGUCCCAGUGCAGUACAACCAUUGAUACUCAAGCCUGACAUAACUGCUCCUGGUGUGAACAUAUUGGCGGCUUAUUCACUAGCCGCAAGUCCAUCAAAUCUACCAUCAGAUAGACGCCGUGUUCCUUUCAAUAUACAACAAGGAACUUCUAUGUCAUGCCCUCAUGUUGCUGGUGUCGUAGGUCUUCUCAAAACACUUCACCCUGAUUGGAGUCCAGCAGCUAUAAAAUCAGCCAUUAUGACUACUGCUACUACACUAGAUAACAACAACCUACCGAUUCGGGACGCAUUUGAUCAGAUAGCAACUCCAUUUGAUUAUGGCUCAGGACAUAUUAGGCCUAACCUUGCAAUGGACCCUGGACUUGUUUAUGAUAUGAGAACAAGGGAUUACUUGAACUUCAUAUGUGCUCAUGACCACAACCAAUAUUUACUCAAAUACUUUAAUCGAAGCUCUUACAAUUGUCCAAAGUCUUACAACAUUGAAAAUCUGAAUUACCCUUCGAUCACGGUAGCAAAUCGAGGGAUGAACCCUAUAAAUGUUACUCGUACAGUUACCAAUGUGGGGACUCCAACAAGCACAUAUGUUGUGAGAGCUAACGUAAGUGAUGGAUUUGAGGUUGUUGUUCGACCAAGUUCAUUGACUUUUAAGACAAUUGGAGAAAAGAAGAGCUUUCGGGUUAUUCUUCUGGCAACUAGUGUGCCUAGUCAUGGUUUUCCAGUAUUUGGGAACUUGUCUUGGACAGAUGGCAAUCACACAGUUACCAGUCCUAUUGUAGUCCUGUAACCUUAGAACUUGCUCUCAGGAAUGUUAUCUUACCAUUUGAGUGUGUGCGUGUUUCAUGUUAUUAGGAUAUAACUCAUUAGUCUUAAGUGCUUUUAUUAUUAGAAUGUCGUUGGAUCGAACUUCAUUUCAUUGGCGUUGUGUUUGUAUUAGGCACCCUCACAAUCAUGUACGGAGCUUAUACGCAAGUCUAACAAGUAACAACAUACAGUUGUAAACUGAUUAAUGAAACCUUUUUUUUCUGAAUUAAAAUUAAUCAAUAUUAAGUCCCAUUGCCCAA